UUUUUUUUCUUUCUUCUUCUUCUUCUUCUCUAUCUUACUCAGCUUCAGAACUUCCCGCUUAAUCCGUAUGAAUAGUACAAGUCAUUUUCUUCUGAUUUCCUCACAUUUGGUGUGUUUCGUCCGAUUCCCAUUCUGUUUUUGCGUACUCUUCGUGUGAUUUUUGUGUUUAAUUUCAACGUAGUGUGAAGAUGGUUGAUUAUAGUUUACCAGUAUCGAAGAGAACGAGGUUGAGACGAGCUAUGUGUGGAAUGGAGCAUUUGGAGCAGAGGAGGAAGAAGAGGAAGAAGAGCAGAUCGGAUUCCGGCAGUGAUAAUGUUCGAGGUAAAGCUUUGAGUGGUAAGAGGGUUUAUGAUUGUGAACAUUCUAGUGUUAAUCGAACACUGAAGAAGGGUUGUGAUGAUAGUGAUGGGGAUAGUUUAGAAGUAAUUGAUGCUCUAACAUUUGGUAAAGAAGGUGGGGAUUCGGUAACAUUUGUAGGUUCUGAGAGUUCGGGGUUGAAGAAUGUUAAAGAAUUUUAUUCGAAGGGGUUGAAGAAAAGGAAUGCUGAUUUUAUUGAUUUGGAGGACGAUGUUAUUUUGUUAGAUGAGGAAGAGGGAUUUGAAUCUGUGAACUCUAUGUGUUCAGUUUCAAAGGGAAAAGAAGGUGUAGAGAUAUCUCCAGAUAAAAGUGUGGGGGGAAGUGAUUGUUUGAACUCUAAUGGUUGUGAGAGUGGUGGUUAUUCAUCCCAGACUGAGCCAACGUGUUGUUCGGAUGAUGCUGUAGAUGAGUCCACUGAAUUCGCAUCCUCAAGUGAAGAGGAGUUUGACGACUCUAGUGAUAGAAAUUACGAAUUAGGAGAAUCGGACGGGUUAAAUUCAGAGUCCUCUAGUUCAGAAGAUGAGAAGAGUCAUGGAAGUUACUAUGCAGGAAUGGGAAAUACAAGGGAGAGAAAGGAGAGAAGGAAACAGGAAAAUUUGCUUGAAGGUGGAUUAAGGAGGAAAGCUUUUGGCUUAGAUAUAUUUGUUGAUUUUGACGAGGAUGGACAUAAGAAAAAUGAUGAGGUUGGUGAACAGGUUAACUGUAUUGCACGAAGAACACGUUCACGGUUUGGUUUUAGGGCUAGGAAAAUAAAUACCAAUCUUGGAACUGUCAGUCAGCCAUUCAAUGUUGACGAGGAAGAGUCGGAUGUUCAGUGUGAUGAGAAAGAAGUAGGUUCUUCAUCAAGGCAUGACAGUGGGGAUUCAUGUGAUAGUGAUAGUACUACUGGUGAUGAAAUUUACAAGCCAUGGGGCUGGAGUAGUACUAAAAAGAAAACUCAGUUCAACAAUCAAAGUAAUGAUGAUGAUUUCUUAUCUGAACAAAAAGAUGAUAGCUUCUUAUCUGAAAAAAAUGAUGAUGAUACUAACAAGGUCGAGUGUUUUCAUGUGGGGAGUAAACUUCGGAAUAGUAGAAGCUCACCUGAAACAAAUAGACACAAUCGGAGCAUAGAUUUUCAGAAGGUUUUUCCAGAGAAUGGCCAUGAAUUUCAUGAUAUUGUUAGAACAAAAGGCCGCGGUAGGCCGAGAGGUAUUGAUGUUUUCAAUAUUCUUAUAGAUUCCAUAAUUGCGGACAAAGAACUGCCUUCAGUUGAGUUAGAUGUUCCUACAAGUCAAUCCUCCCAAAUGCCUCUUCCAUUGAAGUUUGGAUUGAUGGAACCAUGUCUUCCAGAGAAGUCAGAAGAAGAAAAAGAAUUGGACAAACUGUGGGCGGAGCUUGACUUUGCUCUCAGAUCCAGCGAGAUUGGGCUGGUGGAUUGUAAUACAGUUGAACACGAAGAUGCCUUUCCUUCAAAGCUUGAGCAAGUGGAUCUGUGUCUUCGCGGUGAUCAUCAGCUCAUACUUGAUGAACAAAUUGGACUUAAAUGCAGAUGCUGUUCAUAUGUCAAAUUGGAAAUCAGGAAUAUUGCACCUUCUUUUGAUACAAAUCCACAUGGAAAGUCAAAGAAGAGGAAAUCUGACUCAUUUGAGCAUGUUAAAUACGAUGGCCUUGAACAGGAUGCUGAUUGUGAUGCCCAUGACGGUUCUGAUUCACGAUCUCAUUUUGGACAAACAGUGUGGGAUAUCAUUCCUGGCAUAAGGAAUAGCAUGUACCCACACCAGCGGGAAGGCUUUGAAUUUAUUUGGAAAAAUAUAGCCGGAGGGAUAUAUCUUGAUGAGUUAAGAGAGAGUAACGGCUUAAACAAUGGGAGUGGAUGCAUUGUAUCACAUGCUCCUGGAACAGGAAAAACUCGUCUGACAAUUAAUUUUCUUCAGACAUACAUGAAAUUAAAUCCUACAUGUCGGCCUAUGAUUAUUGCACCUAGCAGCAUGCUCCUUACCUGGGAAGAGGAGUUUUUGAAGUGGGAUGUUGGCAUUCCCUUUCAUAACCUGAAUAAGCGAGAUUUCUCUUUCGAGGAGAAUAUGUCAGCCCUUAAGUUUUUGAUGCAAGCUUCUCCAUCAGGUCAAAAUGUGGACAACAUACGGCUUGUAAAACUAUUUUCCUGGAAAAAGGAGAAAAGCAUCUUGGGAAUUAGUUACAGAUUGUUUGAAAGAUUAGCUGGAGUUCGGAAUGAUUCUAAAUGUGAUAAAGUAAGGAAUGUCCUUUUGGAGCUCCCUGAUCUUGUGGUAUUUGAUGAAGGGCACAUUCCACGCAACGAUGAUAGUCUUAUUUGGAUGGCUUUGUCUAAAAUUAAGACAGAAAGGCGCAUCAUCCUCUCUGGAACUCCUUUCCAGAAUAAUUUUACUGAAUUUUCUAAUACACUUAGGUUGGUAAGACCAAAUUUUGCAAAAGAAAGUAAUACUGUAGGUGAUGGAUGCAUGGAUAAGAGGCGUGGGCGACCUAAAAAUAUUACAAGAGGAAAAUGGGACCUUUUGAUUAGUUCCAUUGGCAGAACUUCUGAACUUGAAAGUGCUGAAUUGAAAGAAAUCAGGGCCUUGAUCAAUCCAUUUGUGCAUGUGUAUAAGGGCAGCAUACUACAAGAGAAACUUCCAGGGUUAAGGAAAUCUACAGUUAUAUUAUGGCCAGCAGAGCUGCAGAAGAAUUUUCUUGAGAGAGUUCAAGCAAGGAAGAAUUCUUUUGAAGUGGAAUAUGUUGAGUCCUUGAUCUCUGUACAUCCGUCCCUGAUACUGAAAAGUGAUAAAGGAGAUUGUGAAUUUGACAAGGACAUGUUAGAGAGAUGUAGAUUGAAUCCUGACCUAGGAGUGAAACUACAGUUUCUCCUGGAAAUUAUACGUCUGAGUGAAGCUUUGAAUGAAAAAGUUUUAGUUUUCAGCCAAUAUAUUGAACCAUUGUCCUUUAUAGAAGAACAUCUUAAGUUUCAUUUUAAAUGGACUGAAGGGAUAGAGUUGUUUCAUAUGGAUGGAAAACGCGAGAUAAAGAAACGACAAUCAUUAAUAAAUACCUUCAACGAUCCAACAAGUGAAGUUAGGGUAUUGCUUGCAUCUACAAAGGCUUGCUCAGAAGGUAUAAACCUUGUUGGGGCUUCAAGGGUAGUUUUACUUGAUGUUGUAUGGAAUCCCUCGGUGGAAAGGCAAGCCAUAUGUCGGGCAUAUAGACUUGGUCAGAAAAAGGUUGUUUAUGUCUACCAUCUCAUUACCUCUGGAACAAGGGAAGAAGAGAAAUACAGCCGACAAGUGGAAAAAGAUCGAUUGUCUCAGUUAGUUUUUUCAUCUGAACAGAACAGUAAUGACGUCAAAGUAUCAUCCAGAGAUCUGGAUGACAGAAUUUUGGAAGCUGUUCUUCAACAUGAAAAGUUUAAAAAGAUAUUCCAAAAGAUAAUAUACCAAUCGAAGGAAUCCUGCAUGAAUGAGAAUUUUGGCUUGGCAGACAAGGAGUGAAAAUGUCAAGUACUUUUGGAACCUGAUUCUCUCCUUCUUGGUUUUGAAGUUCGAUGCACUUUUAGAAGUUUUAUUGGCAAGAAGACAAUUAAUGAACGGAAGUACUUUUGGGCUCUGAUCCUUGUGGCCUUGCAACGAUACAGCAGUACAGUCGUAAGCAUCGCCAACUUGCAUAUUUCACUUGUCAUGGAACCAUUAGAUGGGGUAAAUGCCACCGUUUGCUCUUUCUUUUUUUGGAGUGCAUAUUUUUUUUUUUUUUGAAGCAGCCAUUCAAAUAUUCUGUGUAAAUUCCUUGUUCUUCACACCUGCUCAAUGUACAGUGAGGAACUAUAGUUUCAUUUGGAUAACUAUAGUUUCAUUUGGAUAACUA